GUGUUCUGCUAAAAUUGGUGCAUCGUCUCACCUAUCCUGGUUGCUCUGUGCCUUCAGAUGCAUUUAUGAACUGGCGAACGAGAGGAUUUUAUAGCAUUUGUGUGAAACACCAAGCUGAUGUUGAAGUUAACCUUUGUCGUCUAGCUUGCAUCAGCUAGCUGGGUAGCUUUGUAACAUUAGCUAAUGCAGAACAAUUCCAGAUGGAACCAACACUGUUUACAGGCUAACGUUACGUAGUAAAUAAACCGGACGUGGGUUAGAGUUGAUGGAUGUGAAUGUGGAUGCAGGACUGGCGGAACCAUGAACGAUGACCGGUUACAGAUCAUAUCACUGUCCCACCACCAGAGCCUCUUGGAGGCCAUGCACCAGCUGAGAAUUAUGGGACAUCUUUGUGACAUUACCGUGCAGGUGGACUACCAGGGUGAGAUAAAGGAUUUUGAGGCCCACCGAGUGGUUAUAGCGGCGUCCAGCGGAUACUUUAAAAGCAUCUUUCUGGCAGACGAGCCUGUCAAAAAAGCGCAGUUGUUCGACGUGCCCACCAGCGCUUUCGAUGCGUUCCUGCAGUACGUGUACACUGGUCAAGUUGAGGUAGCAAGGUCAAUGGUAGACAACAUAUCUAAAAUGGCAGAGUUACUAGACUGUGUUGACCUUGUUGAUGCCUGCAAGGCAGUGAGUGACCUUGUAGUGGUUAAUGACACAGAGACAGUGGCCCCAGAUGGCCUGGCUGAAUCAGAUGCUUCCCAUGAGGUCCCUCCUCCAAAGCGACGAGGUAGAAGACCAACUCAAAGCAAACCAGCAGUGAGCAAAGAUCCUCAGGCCUCUAAAGAGUUGGAAAAGACAACAGAGAAGAAGGGCAAGGCACCAGGCAGGCGACUGAGCAACAGGCUUGCCAGCCGCAAGGAGCCGGUAGGCCUCCCCAAAGCCAAGCGCGCCCGGAGAGGGAGAACCAAAGCCAGUGAGGGGUCAAGUGAAAAACCCAAGGAUGGGGAGGAGGGUACAGAGAUUGCAGCUGCAGUGUUGGGCAUGGAACAGAAUGACGAUGGCACGUUUGCAAGCCAGUCUUCAGGCAGCGACAGCGAGUCCUCCUCCUCCUCUUCUGACCACGACCUCCGGGAUGACCCCCAGGACACAGACUUCCGACCUGACAAGGACGGGGAAGGGGAAGUGGGAGAGGAGGCAGCUAAAGAGGGCAGGGUGCCGCGGGUGGCGUUCCAGUGCGAGAAGUGCGACCGUCCCUUCCUCUACGAGAAGAGCUUCCUGAAGCACGUGCGCCAGAACCACGGCGAGCAGCCCGAGGUGACGUACCGCUGCGGCACGUGCCAGCAGACCUUCGCCAACCGCUGCAACCUGAAGAUCCACGAGCGGCACGUGCACAGCGAGGAGCGCCUCUUCCCCUGCGACGUCUGCACCAAGGCCUUCAAGCGCAAGAAGGACGUCAAGCGCCACCGCCGGCAGGUGCACGAGGGCGGCGGCGAGCGCCACCACUGCCCUGUCUGUGGCAAGGCCCUGAGCUCGCGCACGGCCCUCACGCUUCACGAGCGCACGCACACGGGACAGCGGCCCUAUGGAUGCUUAGAGUGCGGCGCCAAGUUCUCACAGAGCUCCGCUCUCAAGACGCAUCGCAGGAUUCACACAGGGGAGAAGCCUUUUGCCUGCGACCAGUGUGAGGCCAGGUUCACCCAGAACCAUAUGCUGGCUUACCACAAGCGCUGUCACACAGGUGAGAAGCCUUUCAUGUGUGAGAGCUGUGGGAAGAGCUUUGCCUCUAAAGAGUAUCUGAAGCACCAUGCCAGAAUCCACUCAGGCUCCAGACCUUACAAGUGUGAAAUCUGUGAGAGAGCCUUCGCCCAGAGGAACUCCCUACACCAGCACAUGAAAACGCACACAGGUGAGCGGCCAUACCACUGCACGGACUGUGAGAAGAAGUUCACCCAGCUGAACGCUCUCCAGAGGCACCAGCGCAUCCACACCGGGGAGAAGCCAUACAUGUGCACACUCUGCAACCGCACCUUCACCGACAAGUCCACCCUGCGCCGGCACGCCAUGACGCACGACAAGGAGACGCCGUGGAGGAACUUCCUAAUGGUGCUGAAGGACAAUGUAGAGGACACGGGCAAGAAGCCCAGGGCCCCUGCAGCCAAAAGGGAAAAGACAGCCCCCAAAGAGGAGCCCCCCCACACCCAGGAGCCCCCCAAGACCGGGGUCCAGGUGCAGGCCCAGGUGACUGAUGAGCCUGUGACGCUCUCAGCCGAGUGGGGCAGCCAUGGCACCAUCACCCUGGUGAGCCAUGGCGCGCUGAGUGGCUUCACGGUCAUCCAGACCGAAAUGCCGGCAGGCACGCAGCUCCAGCCGCUGGUGACGGCCGAUGGCUCUCCGGUCACAGUACCCCUCUCCCUCCCCAUCUCUGUCUCACGUGCCGUUUCCUCCUCUUCCUCUGCUGCUGCUACUGUCCCCAUUACGGUGCCUGUGUCCGUGUCGGACGCCAUUCUGGCUCAGACACAGACCCAAACGCCACCUGGCCCGGCGGCCAUUUUGGCUCCAGGGACGGUCACAGUUUCAACGCCGACCCUGGAGGCGGCCAUGGAGGCUGGGGAGAUCCAGUGCGUGACGGUGGGGGGGGCGGAGCUGGAAGUGGAAGCGGAUGCAGGGGACUCGGGCGUCUAGCAGGCUGUGACGGAGGACAGGCAGACAGCCGAGACCGCGGAUGCCAUGGAAGCCAUGGUUAUAACAUCGUGCGUCAUCUCCAAGUAGCCAUGGAAACGGCCACGGAGCCCAACAUGGAGGAGAGUGUAGCUCAUUUUUGCUUCACGGCACCAGACUGUGCUGACCCCAUCAAGGGAAUCCUACUUUCUUCUCUCUCAAUUAGUGUUGAACACACACACACACAUCCAGUCAAGUAUGAUGCUAUUGGGUGUUUUUUGUUGUGGUUAGUAGCGGUUUCAAUCAGACUAGACAGACUACGAUGUUUUAGUUAAUUUGUACUCAGAUGGAUCAUGUCUCUAUUUGUGCUAUCAGCCUUAAUAACAGACACACAAAGGUUACCAAGGAAACAGCAUUAUGGGACUGAUAUUGAUGUCCUUUUCUGUUUAUACAUUUCUCGGCCUUAACCAUAAAUUGUUGAAAGUAUAUGAUCCUUACAAAGUUACUGUCAGAGUGUAUAUCAGUGUCACACUAUUAUACAUAUUUCAUUUAUAUCCGUGUUUGUCUUUGUAGAAAAAUGUUUUGCUUUAUAAAGAUUUAAACCACUCAUGACAACCCUAUAACCUGAUGUAUUUAUAUUCAGUCUUUGUACCCUCACAGAAACUAAAAGGAAUGAAAUGUUAAAUAGUACAGUGAGUAGUUUUUUCCCCCUUCCAUACACCUUGGCAAUAGCACAAGGAGAAGGGCUUUAUUAUGCUUCUGAAGUUACUGAUUAUUUUCCAGACAUUUAUUUGGCCUGGGUAUGAUGUUCAGGGACAUACAAGGAACGUCAUGUGUUGUUUGUACAGUAUUCAAAUGUUCUGUUUACUGCCACUGUUAGUAUCUGGGGCCCAGUACAGAAUUAACAAGUUACCUACGAGUU